ACCCUGUGUUUUAUAAUAUUAUACAACUAUACUAUUACAAGAGUUUACAUGCCACGCUUUUCAGCUUACAUGCAGAGACAGAAGAACAGAAGGAGGUUGUCCAAACCCCUGCUUGUUUUAUUACACCCGGAAACUUCUCAUUUUAUUAUUUGUGAUCGUAAGAGGUAAGAGUGUGUGUGACUGUGCUGAGCGUGUAGCCGCUCUGUGAACAGCGCAUGCGCAGCAUCACCCCCGGAGCGCGCUGACGCUCGGGACGCCGCCGCGUGGUCACGUGACGCGGAGCUCAGUUUCAGUACCACUGCGCUGAACGUGUGAAACGUGUUUGGAGCGGCGUGUGCAGUAAUACAUCUCUACUCUGCUGCAUUUAACCCUUUAUAAAGCAGUUACAUCCAAGUUUCCGCAAAUAGUGAAGAAGAGUGGGUCUCUGAGUUCAUCUUUCAUUUGAUUAUACUCUCUACCAGAUAAUGAAGACUUUAAAAGCAAAGUUUAGGAAGACUGAGACUCAGACUGCACAGAGGGAACAAGUUAGGAGUCCUUUGCCCCCUACAACCCCAACCCUGCCUGGAGGGACCACAGCUCACAAGAGAAAAGCACCUCCUCCUCCAAAGUCUCCUCGACAGGGUACACAGCCUUCCCCAGACCUGCAUCAUGGCCCUACCGAGUGCUUAGUGCCAGACAGCUCUACUUCUCCUUCCCCAGCCCCCAAGACUCAACACUCAUUUCCAGACAACCUUGCAGAGGAUGAGGAAGUGUUUGAGGAGAUUCGCAGGCUAAGGCUAGAAAGAGGACAUCUACUACAGAAGAUUAAGGCUCUGGAGCAGCAACAGAGCAGCACCACCACUGCACUGGAGGAGCUGAGCUCACUGAGAGAGUGUUUGAGAGAGGCAGAGGCAGAACGUGAUUGCCUGGAAGUAGUGCUGAAGGAGCUGGGAGGUGUUCGGCUCAGCAGUACCACUGAUGAUAUGCUUGACUUCCCUGGAACAAAUAGGCUGCUGUCCAAGCAGUCAAAAUGCACAGAAGCCGAGAUGCCUCCUGCCCAAACAGAGAACUCAUCUUGGGAGCAAAUGAACAGUGUGGAGCAGCUCUGCAGGCAGGUGGAGGAGCUGACUGCACAGAAUGCUGAACUGGUCCUCAAAGUGCAGAUGCUGGAAAUGUUUGAAAAGGAUGACACAGACUUUCAUAGCUCGGGUCUUGACUUUGUGCCCAUGACUGUCUAUGACACCUUAAAGAGAGAGUUUGAAAAGCUGCAGCAGCAAUACACCAGAGCUGCUAAAAGCUCAAACACUGCAGAGGACCCUGGGUCUGAGAACAAUCCUGAAGACAUAGGUGAGGUGGAGUCCAAGGAGGAGGAGGCUUUAGCUAGAGAAAUAGUAAAGAAGGAGGAAAAACAGAAAAGCCUAGAGCAACAGCUAGCCUGUGCCCAUGCUGAGUUGGAGAAGCUGAGAAAAGAGAUGCAACUGGGUAUCGAUUCUAUGACUGCAGGUUUAGCAGUUAGCAAUUCCAAAGCUGAAGAGAAGGGGCUGAGCUCAGACAUACAGAAGUUGACAGCCCGGGUGCAGGAACUGGAGGCAGAGCUGGCAAACAAAGAGGUGGUGUGGAAGGAAGGGCUGAAUGAGAGUGACAAAAUCCAGCAGUUGAAGCAGAGAGUGGAAGAGUUAGAGGAAUCUCUACAGGUGAAGGAGAAAGAGGCACGAGAUAUGAGUGAGUCAGUGGAGAGAUUAAGAAAACGAAUAAAUGAGCUAGAGCAGGGCACUGGGGCAAGGUGUUUGGCAGAAGGGGAGGAAGAAGCACUGAAUAAAUUACAGGUGCGAGUGGAAGAGCUGGAAGCUGAACUAAGUAAGAGUAUUCCUCGUGAGCAGCUGGAUGAGGUGCAGCUCACCCUGGGUCUCCAGCUGGAUCAGCUAGCUCGAGAGCGUUCUGAGAUUUCCCUGCGACUCAAUCAAGCUCUGCUGGAUCUGGAGAGACUUUGCCCUCCACCUCACAGUGACAAAGAUGACAGCGAUGAAGAAUACAAGGAAGAGCAGUCUGAGAGCUACCAGCCAUCAAGUGCUUUGGAGUUGCCUGGUGGAAGAACUUUGAGGUCAGUGCAAGAAGAACUGGAGGUGACUAGCCAGACAGACAUAGAAACACUGGAUGUCUUGUGUGCUGGGGAAGAGGGCUGUGUUCAGGAUGCCUUGCAGAUGAAGGAUGUGGUAUCAUUAGCCAAACACCAGGAGGCACUGUCUGCACUAACACAACAACUAGCUGAGACAGAAAAUAAACUGGAGGCUGAGAGGGCACUUUGUGAACAUGCUCAUGCUGAACUGGCCAGGCUGAAAAGUGACCUGCAGGAUGCACAACAUGGCAUGAUCAGCAAGGAGGAACAUGAAAGGAUCAGGACUGAGCUGCAGCGUAGCCUAGAGGAGAGCCAGAGCGCUGUAGCAGCAGCCCGUGAGGCUCUGAGUGUUAAAGAGCUGGAGCUGAAGGAGCUGCAAUCUCAGAAAGCUGUAGAACUGGAUAUGGUAUCUAAAGAGGCCCACGAAGCCCAGCGCCUCUCACUUCAGGCUGAGAUCAACACACUGACUGCCUGCCUGGCUGACCUUACACGCAAGCAUGAGAAAACAUGCACUGAGGUGUUCCAAGUGCAGAGGGAGGCUCUCUUCAAUAAGAGUGAACGUCAGGUGGCCGAGGCACAGCUGCUAACGGUCCAGCAGCAGUUAGCAGACCUGCAGGCUCAGUCCAGCCACAUCCAGCAACUGCACCAAGACAUCCAGCACUCAAAGGGGCUUAUCAAGGAGAAAGACCACAAAAUCACAGAGUUGUCUAAGGAUGUGUUCCGUUUGAAGGAGGCUCUAGGAGCUUUGACUCCACCAAUGGGUUUAUCUGCCUGCACUACUUCCUCUGGAAUACCAGGACAGCAGUUGGCACUUCAGAACAGAGUAUCUGCAUUGACCCAGCAAAUCCAGGACUGGGAGCGUAAGCACAAAACAGUGGUGGCCACGUAUCGCUCUCACCUCCUAGCUGCAGUACAAGGUCGCAUGGAUGAAGAGGUGCAGGCUCUUUUGUACCAAAUCCUCAGAAUGACCCAAAAUAACCAAAGCCAUUAAAAUAUUUGCAAUUUGCUUGUUCUUAAACUGACAGCAACAUACAUUUCAAUGGCUAACUUUUCAUGCAGUAAUUAUAUCGGGGGAGUGAAACAGGGACUGAACUGACACUCUGCAAUGCCAUGGUGGCAUUACAUAAGUCAAACAGUUGUAUGAUUUUGGAAUAUGACAGAGAUAGAUAACCAUAUUGUGAGGCUUUAUUAGUUCAUUCCUUGCUAGAGCAGGAUGGUAAUAUUAUUAAUAUCAAUUUACACUAACAAAUAGAGCGCUGUUUUUUAUCCAUUUUUUUUUACAAAGCUUCAGGAUUUGCUAAUACAGGGUCACUUAAGGUUGGGAAGGUCAUCUUGAAAAUGAAAUGUUAUUAGUUAUAUUAAUGAUUACUAAAUUGGUAACAUCUUUAUCAGUAGCAGUCCUUGCCGUAGGCACCUAGGGCAGUAACUUGCCAGGGGCGGCACAGGCACAUUGUGCUUUAAUAUAGGCGCAUCUGAAAUCAUUACGUGCACCUUUGCCAUCCUGUCCUGUUAAAUACUGCUUCUUCUCGGUUGCGUCCUGCCACCUUACCCAUGCCUCUCCUCCCCAACAGGUGGACCAGAACAGUGCAAUAGAACAGUUAAUCAUCAGAACUAUUAAAAACCAGCACAGGCUUUAGGUACCCAAAGGUCACCGUAUCCCAACUUUCCAAGUGAACUUGCACUGAAGAAUAGCAUUCAGUAAUUUAGAAUAACCAGUGAUAUUAACAAAACCUUGACUUAGAAAUGAGAUCUUAUAGGUCCAUACUAAGAAUUCCCUUUAACAAGAGAUCAUUGCCACAUACACUAGGGCCACUUAUUUUGUGUCCUUACUGACAUCAGACAUCUCCCAUUCCAUGACAACUUGUGAUGGGUGAAGAAUUGUUCUGAAAUAUGGGGCAUCAAAAAAACCCUGUGUGGAGUUAACUGUGAACAGGUGUGUAUGAUUAGUGGUGACUGAGCAAAGUGUAGUCCUUGGUGGCCAUGUCUGUAGGCCACGGUGUGUUCUGGGAAACAGAGUUUCUUGUUGAUUACCUGACAAAACUGCAGAAAAGACUUUUAACCCUGUUAAGACCAUUUUGAUCAUAUUAUGUUCAGUUUUUAAUGGUUUUAUUUUAAUGAACAUUUUCUCCUGACAUUAUUCUUAAACAUAUUUCACUUGACUAUAUUAACAAUAUAAAACAUUUUUUGUAAAAUUACGACUUGUUUCUGUUCAACCAGAUGACUUUUAGUCCUGGAAGGUUCAGUUUAGUAACACAGUGCUUGUAGUUAACUUGUGACUAAUAUUUAAUGAUAAUGUUUUUUGAUGACAGCUUCGAUAUUAACUUUCCACUGCACUCGAGUUUUUUCUAAUGUUCCAGAAUGUUUACGCUUCAUAAGACCAGCAAUUGCUGUAGCCCAAGAGCGAUCAUUUUUUGUAUAAUUUUGUACACAUAAAGCAACUACAGCUAACACAUUUUGAUCUUCUAACUAGAUCCAAGAAAGCAGUUAUGCUCAGUGCUUUUGCAUGUAUUUGUGUUUGAUUUGAGUAGUCUGUUCUAGGACCCAGGAAGUCCAGUCCUUGUCAUUGUUACUUCAGUCCAAUCCAGUCUGUGUGCUAUAUCAUCAUCUGGUACACCUGAUUUAAGAUGCUGCCAAAUUGAAUGGAACAGCUUCCUUCUGUUCACUUCAUUUGUGCCUCCAUUUUGUUUUUGUGAUUAUAUUUGUGAUGAUCUUUAAACUCUUGGUUGUGUCCCAUCUGAACGUUGCUAGCCUGGAUUGCUUCUUAUAUAUUUUUGUAAAUACAACUUGCAUUGUUUUGAUUUUUUUUUUCAGUUUAGUACCACUGGGCAUGGGGCGUGACUGCCAUUUAUGUUGGUGGUUUGUUUAUGUUUUUAGGUUUAGUUAGGGAGUUAGGUAAGUUUUUCAUAAAGUUUUCUUUUAUAAAGUUAGCCUGUAGUUAUGUUUAUUUUUUUGGCCUUGGUCACACCUGAAGUUCCACCCAGUUAGUGUAGCACAUAUCCUAAUUGUCAAAUACACAUCUUUUUGUUCUUAAA